AUGGUUUAUUAUAUCGCACAAUUCUACAAAAAUCGACAUAACUACCCGCCUGGUCCCAUACCCUUACCAUUAAUUGGCAAUAUGCUAACGUUCCGCAAAUACAAACGAAAUUGGUCCAUGGAGAUUCUAGAUUUUAAACGCAUUUAUGGCCCCGUAUUUACCCUAUGGGUCGGUCCCUUACCAUUCGUGAUUAUAUGUGACCCCGAUAUGGCUCGCGAUGUGUUUAAUAAAAGUGAAUUUAGCGGACGACCCACUUUGCUAAUGAGUGGCAUAUACAAUAAUGAAAAGCAUAAUGAUGUUAUUUUCAAUGAUUAUGGUCCGUGUUGGAAAUAUUUGCGUCAAGUACAACACAAAGCUAUUGGAAAAUACGCCAAAACAAAAGCAUUGUCUGAAUUGGUGGCCAAAAGUGUGCGCCAAAUGGUUGACAAUAUAAUCACUAACGAAGGCAUUGAUAAACCUUUUCAGACCCGACACUAUGCAUACGAUCUGUUUGCCAAUAUAUUGGGCUCAAUUAUGUAUAGCGAAAAAUUUGAUAACAAGCAUCCAGCGUUAAAGAAAUAUAAAUAUCUCACUAUUGACUACAUACCUGAAGUUGGUAACGCCAUGAUGAUGUACGAGUUUGUACCUAUGUCAAAAUAUUUUAUGGCCAACCCGUUAGCUAAAUAUAAAUGCUAUUUCAAUGAAUUGUUGAUUUAUACACGAAAUAUAUACCAAAAUCACGACAAAACAUAUGACAGCAAUAGUUUGCGUGACUUUUGCGAUAUACUAAUCGCCGCCAAACACGAGGCCAUCGCCGACGACAAACUGUCGGCACAAUAUUUAACCGAUGAUAACCUGUUGGUGACGUUAAUUGACAUGUUUAUAGCUGGUGUGGAUACAUCACAAAUUACACUCAUGUGGAUUUUACUAUACCUGGCGUAUUACCCGGAAUAUCAAGAUCGGUUACACAGCGAGAUUAACUUUGAGCUCAACAGUCGGGAACCGGUGGCUGAGGACAUAUCUCGGCUCAACUAUACGCUGGCGUUUGUGUCGGAGAUAUUACGGCACAGGAAUGUGGCGCCGAUGGGUGUGUUUCACAAGACAUUAGCCGACUGUCAAUUAGGUGCUUUUUCGGUGCCUAGAAACACCCAGGUGUUAGUCCAUCAAUUCGGUAUUAUGAAUAAUACAAAGUAUUGGACAAAUGCGGAUAGAUUUGAACCAGAACGAUUUCUUGACGAGCAUGGACAAUUUAUACAAACAAAUCCCGGGGCGUAUAUGCCGUUUGGUUGCGGUCGCCGUAUAUGUCCGGGUAGAGCGUUGGCUAUAAAUGAUGAAUUAUUGUCUAUUAAAUUUUUAUAA